UUUAUUUAUGUUUUUUACUUACGAGCCAUUGAUUCACACUCCAGUCCUGUAUGUGGCAGUCAUACAUUGAAAGCCGGUUUCCAAACUACAGAAGAAGAAGCAGAAGCAGAACAAGAACAAGCAGAAGAAGACAAAGAACAAGAACGAGAACAAGGAGAAGACGAAGAAGUCCGUACUCGACUGUUAAUUUUUUCCUUGCAUCGUUGUAAUAAACGACCCAGUUUACAUAAUUUUGUUAACGUGUACUGCAAAAUAACGUCAUCUAUUGGGUUAUUGUACAUUCCCGGUUUAAGGUUAGCUUGAGUGAAUCUCCAUGAAUUAGUUUACCAACGGUUUGUUACUCGUAAAGAUGGACAGUGAAUUUCAGCGCGAUGGAAGAGUACUUGAUCUCACCGAUGACGCUUGGAGGGAAGACCGACUACCUUACGAAGAUGUCACCAUUCCUCUGAGUGAACUGCCUGAGGUUGAGCAGGACAAUGGAGGAUCAACAGAGUCUGUGAAAGAACAAGAGAUGAAGUGGACAGACCUGGCUUUGCAAAACCUCUAUGAAAAUACACCUAACACCGGAAUUUAAUGGCCUGAUCUGGAUAACCUCAGCCCUCUACCGUCCACUCUCCAUCCAGCCAAUGUGUCAUUUCCUUGGACAGAAGAAAAUUGGUUCAAGAACUAGCAAGAUGUGACUUAACACGGGUGGUAAAUUUAUUUUUAAGAACUAAAAUGCUUUUCUUAAAUUACUUCUAUAGAGUAAAAUGAAUCUAUGUUUAGAUUAUAAAUUAGGUUGCAAUUUUUUUUCAUUUGCAUGUCCUUCCUGCAAGAUGUGAGAAAAUUAUUUUACCAUAAAUGUCAUUUCACAUAAAA